AUGGCCCGUGCGCAUUGCUUCCGACCUCGGGAACCAUGGAACCUUGGUCAUCCUUCCGCCACUUUCACUCAACAACAUCGCAUGGAGAAGGCCACCAGCUCCACCAAGGAUGAUUCUGGGGACGCUUGCGUCAUAUGUAAAGCAGAAGUCACCGCCGUCCAGUAUGACUGGCGCUCUGCGGAAGACUUCAAGACCUACACCGUCCGCUCCACUCGUCCACCUCCAAAUACCUCAACCCCUCAAACCCCUUCCGAAAAUAUUCGCCGUGGGCUGCUAAGACAACGGCGAACCACGCGUCGCCCCUACUCCACUCCAAAUCCAAAUAUUGCGCUGCUCCGUCGGCGCCAUGUCUACCGCCAUAAACUGUACUCCCUGCACGUUGGCGCAAACCGGAUAUCGCGCUACCAAAAUCUGACUCCUGAGAUGGUCGCCACUUCGCCAGACCUUCAGUCUCGAGCGAAAAUGUGGAUACGUCGAGAGCUGCGAGUCUUUGUUUUUCUGUACUCCGACGCUGAGGCGACGCCAGCCGAGGAAGCGACGACCAGCAGCAACGCCGAGUUCCUGCUGACCUACAUCAUCUCCAUACUGAAGACUGUCGAUAUAAAAUCGAGCACUGGGCACGCUGAGGAUCUUUUGCAGGAGUUCUUGGGUCGGGACAACGCGCGUCUGUUCUUGCAUGAAGUGAAUGCCUGGUUACGGAGUCCGUACACUAAGCUGGAGGACUGGGAUCGACAUGUCCAGUAUACAGAAAGGCUUCCCAACCAGUUUGAUUCAGAUGGUAUAGCGAUUGUUAGACACCAGACAGGCAGGUGCACAAGCCGUUCUCGGAGCCCGGUUCCGACAAGGAGGGGAACGUGGAGGGAACGAGAAGCCUUACGAAGAUACCAGCCUGAUUGAAGAGCCAGAUGACCUUAAUCCCUACAUCCCGAAUGAAUUUAGAAGGCUGCUGAUCGAUUGAGAUCUCCUGCAUUGCUUAGAAGUGGGCGCCUUAAGACGAUUCUAUGGUAUUAGUACAUGUCAAGAUAUUCACAUGGGUGCCCUUCC